UACUUCUUAUCAUUAUUGUUCUACUAUUAGAGAAAAUGCGAAAACCCCAUAUCAGAAUCAGAAUCAGUUGUUGAAUUCUGUGAGAGAUCACUGCAUAUCUGGAACCUUUAAGAAUCUUGAUCAUGCCUUAGGCCUGUUUGAUAUAAUGCUUCACAUGCACCCUUUGCCUUCCAUUGUCGAUUUUACUCAAUUGUUGGGUGCCAUUGCAAGAAUGAAGCAUUACUCCGUAGUCAUUACUCUAAUUAGAGAUAUGGGCUCCUUUGGAAUUACUCCCAAUGUUUAUACUCUCAAUGUUUUGAUUAAUUGCUACUGCCAUCUGAACCGGGUCAAUUUUGGUUUCUCUGUCUUGGCAACAAUUUUGAAACUUGGUUAUCUGCCUACCCAACCUACUCUAAACACUCUUCUUAAAGGUCUCUGUCUUCAAGGUAAUAUUUCUGGAGCUGUGAGGUUGGUAGAGGAAAUGGAGAACAAAGGGUACCAACCUAAUGCAAUUACUUGUGGGACGAUAAUAAACGGUCUGUGUAAGAAUGGCCAAACUGGUGUGGCUAUUAAGUUGUUCAGGAAGCUUGAAAAAAGGAAUUUUGAACAAAAUGUGGUGCUCUAUAGCACGGUCAUUGAUAGUUUAUGUAAGGACAGAUUGGUAAUUGAGGCUUUGAACCUUUUAUCUGAAAUGAUGAGUAAAGGCAUUCAGCCAAAUGUUGUCACUUACAGUUGCGUAAUUCAAGGACUAUGCAAUUUUGGCCAGUGGAGGGAGGCUGCUACCUUGUUGAAUGAGAUGGAACAAAGGAAGAUCAUGCCAAAUGUGCAAACCUUCAACAUACUGGUGGACACACGUUGCAAGGAAGGGAUGUUAAUUGAGGCAAAAGAAGUUUUUGAUGUGAUGAUUCAAAGAGGCAUUGAUCCUAACAUAGUCACUUACAAUUCUUUGAUUGAUGGUUAUUGUUUGCAAAACAGACUGGAUGAGGCAGUUAAGACAUUUAAUAUGAUGGUUGAGAAGGGUUGUUCACCCGAUGUGGUUAGCUAUAACAUAUUGAUCAAUGGAUAUUGCAAAAGUAAAAAAAUUGAUGAGGCAAAGCGUCUCUUUCAUGAAAUGUCCAACAAGGGAAUGAUUCCUAAUGUAGUGACUUACAACACUCUUAUAGGUGGGUUUUUUCGAGUGGAGAGAGUCCGGGCUGCACAAGAGCUAUUCAAUACAAUGCGAGCUUGUGGACAACAUCCAAAUCUCCUAACCUAUGUCAUCUUGUUAGAUGGAUUUUGUAAGAAUAGACGAAUUGUUGAGGCAAUGGCAUUGUUUCAGGAGAUGGAAGAAAAAAAGUUGGACCACAAUAUUGUGUUUUACAACAUCUUGAUUGAUGGUUUCUGCAAUGUUGGGGAACUUACAACUGCGAGAGAAAUCUUUAGUGGUCUUUUGGCAAAAGGGUUGCAACCUAAUGUUCGGACUUACACUAUAAUGAUCAAAGGAUUUUGCAAGAAUGAACUAAUUGAUGAAGCGGGUGAGCUGCUUGAGGAAAUGGAUAGCAACGGUUGUUCACCUGACGAUCGCACAUAUAACACAAUAAUUCAAGGGUUAUUGCAACAUAGUGAUACAUCAAAGGCAAUUAAAUAUCUCAAAAUAAUGGUUGACAAGGGUUUUUCAGCAAAUGCGACCACCGCAACCAUGUUUAUUGACUUGCUGUCAUCGAAUCAAGUAGAUGAAAAUAUUCAAAAAUUGCUUCUGAAGUUUGUGUGAAGGUUUUUUAGGUUCUCAAGAUCAAGGACAACAUCCAUAUUUAACCAAUCACAAGUCAUUAUGUAAAGCCAUCUCUAGUGGGAAGGCUGUCAUUGAGGUUUCUUAAUUUGGGGUGCACGCCCAUGCAGAAUAGCAUGAUCUUUAUGAGGAGAUAACUUGUCCUAUUUUAGUAGGAAAGCUUGUGCUCUCUCAUACCCAAAAUUUACCUGGAUAUACAUCACCUGUGAAUCUCAUUUUACUAGAUUUAGACUCUUUCUCAAUGUAUUGAUAUUUAAGGGGUGAACUUUUUAAACAUUCUCACCGUGUAUGCCGUCUUGUACUGGGACUUGAACAAAGGGUUAAUAAAUUCCUAUUAUUUUAAGAAAGAUGAUUUGUGAAUGUAGAUAUACAAUCUUGUCCUGUCGGCAUAAAGCUAUCAUACUGAUAGUGGCCUCCUAUUUUACAUAAGUGACCUCCCUGUUUUACCAUGUCUCCAGCAAAAAAUCACCUGCAUUAUAGGGUUCUGAAAUUCUAAAUGUAGCUCAGAGUUGUCUUACUGUCUUGUGCGAUGCAUCCUGCCACUUACCUCUUUUUGGUGGUGGUUUAUUAUUAUUAUUAUUAUUUUUUGGGGGAGGGGGGGAGUUGUUUUGAUGCUCAUUAAUUUGUUUGCUUCGUAGUUUUUAUUGAAGAUAUGAAAACAUGGUUUUGCGUGAUGUAGAGUCUAGACAGGAUAAAAUGCAGGCUUCUUGGAGGUACAAAUGCUCAGGAAGUUAGAGCAAAUGGUUCUUGAUAUGCAAGCAAGGUUGUUGCUGGAUAUGCUAGGGGGAGGAAUUGAAUCAGCUUUGAUAAAUCCUUCGUCUUUAGUACCUGAGCCAUGGCAGGCAUUUGGUGAGAUAAAAUUUGGCAUUGAUCUUGAAAUAAUAGAAUUAUGAACCAUUUUUUUCAAUUUGAUUUGUGUUACCUAAUAAUAGAAUUUUGAACUAUUUUUUUCAAUUUAGUUAUAAAUGUGCAGGAUUAGAAGGGAACUCCUUACAAAUUUGAAAUAACGGGGAAUGCACUUUUUCUGUCUAUAUUGCCACUCUGUAAAUUGUUUGUUCAAUCUCUGAAGGAAGCUAGAAGCUUGAGUGGCUUAUUUAUCAUCUGAGUUAUGCGAUGGCGGUUUGGCUCCUCUACUAUUGUUUGGUUCUGUGUGCUAGUAUAGGUGGCUUUCCUCGAAAACCAGUGCUUCCACAAGCUCAAAGUCAACUUUUGAGGAAAAGUUCCUUUCCUAGCAGUCUCAAACUUCAGAUGCAAGAGAGGAUGGCAAGAGAAAGAGAACGCUAAGAGGCAUGAUAUCGGUACCUAUAAGGUCUCUUGAGAAGCUGAAAUACAGUGAAUUGUUGCCUCAGCAUAAUUCUCUAAUGGAGAAAGUGCCAAGAGUUUUGAAUAUCUUUAGCAGUGCCAAGAGGGAGAGUUGUGAAACCAAGAGAUAGUUAUGUUGAAGACUAUGGAUAAAAAAGUGUAUUUCCAAAGCUUCAGAAUGAACAGGAGAUAGAUGUGAAAAACACACUGGCAGUUUCACUGCCCAAGAAGAAUCAUGGUUCAGUCAUGAGCAGCAUGGAUAUGGAGUUCUUGCCACCACGACUUCCUCCAUUUUAUCCUUUCAAGAAGGGUCUCUGUGGAACCGAUGGUACCUUUCAAAGUAACUACAAGUAUACAUCCUUGAAAGAGUCCAAAUGCAAGUUCUGCAAAAGCUUUCACUGUUGCGUUGCUUGAGCAGUAUGCAAAUAGCUUUUCUCAUGAAAAUUUUAUUGGUGAAGGUAUGCUUGGUAGUAUUUAUAGGGGUGAGCUGCCCAAUGGAAAGGUAAGAUUCUUUGAACUUAAUAAGAACUAAUUUGCCAGGAUGAUGGCGUGGCUGUUUGAUUGUGUGGCUUCUACUUUAGAAUGCCUCGUGUA